AUGCGUGGGACUUUCAUUCUUUCUCUGCUUUCUGCGGCGCUGGGCGCCUCGGCUGGUCUGACCACUUCUAACCUUAAAACUCACGUCGACGUGCUGGCACUCGACAGUGCUUUCAACCCCGUUAAGGAAGCCUACUGGACUGGCUAUCCUCACCACCGUCGCACUCCUUUUGCGGUGUCUCCCGAUGGAAAGUCUGCCUAUAUUGCGUAUCUGGAUUCGAGCGAGACCGAUGUUCAUGUUCAGGAGUUGGAUCCUACCACUUUCGCAGCCACAGGUACUACUGUUACCGUCACUGGCGGUAAAGAGGCCGGAGGUCUCGUCGCUCACAAUGAUGGUUUCGCCCUCCUGACCAACGAGGCCAUGCCUUCUGGUACCACCAAUGCGCCGCCCAGUGAUACCCCCGUUCCUGUCUUGUAUCGCUACACCGAUGGCAAGCAAACCUGGAAGACCUGGCUGGGUGGCCCUGGAGUUCACGCUUCCGACGGUCUCUCUGCAUCUCCAGACCUGAAUGGAGACCUCGUCUACUCUGAGAGCGAAGAACUCUACGGCGCAUACUUUGUUGUCACUGAUUACUCUGGCGAUGCCUCCGGUCACUAUGGUGACAGCAUCCAGUACGUGACCAAGGCUGGCGAGCUGGACACCAUUACUGGCGCCUCCAGCUCCUGGGGAUGCAGCCACAACACCGGUAUUGCGUUCGAAGCUGCCGAUCAGGCUCCUUUCGCCAGUAUCUGCGCCGAGGACCAGGGUGCUAUCUGGCUGAACACCAAGGGACAAGGCAUGAUGAACGACGGCGUCAAGAUCUCCAACGAGAAUACUACCAACGGUGGCUCUGGCGAGCCUAUGGGUGGUAUGUCCGGUAGUUAUAGCGCGCUGGCUCGCUUCGCCGACACCACCAAGUACAUCUUCGCCUGGGUUUCUCGUGGUGCCAUCGACGUGACUGAGAACACCUGGAUGGGCGAUGGUUACACUCACGUCAACAACCGCACCAACGGCCGUAACGUCGCCAUCUCCCUGUUCACCGAUAAGUAUACCAAGGUCGGUGCUCAGGCUACCUCGGUGGUUGGCACUGAGGAUGGUGACAGCCAGGUCAACUGGGUCACCAAGGGAUCGAACGACUGCUCCAAUGCCCAUGCUGCUACCUUUGGCUCCAGCUCUGCCCUGGUUACCUGGGAAGAGAUCUCGAACCCGACCUGUGACUACAUUGCUAUGGGUUGCCGUGGACAGUUUGCUGGCACUUACUUCCAGGAGGUGAGCUCGGAUGGUAGCACCGUUGGCGAUGCUUUCACCAGCUCUGAUGUCUAUGUUGCCGGUGAUAUGGUUACCAUGACUGAUGGUCGUAUUUGCUGGCCGUACGUCAGCAUGGAGUGGGAUCUGUCGCAGGCGGUUGGGUAUGGUACUGCUGCGACUUAUAAGAAGAUGUCUUUUGCUUGCAUGAGCACUGGAGAUGCCACCAACACGACCACUGCUGCCGAGAGUACUUAUACUGCUUCUGCUAAGACUACGUCAGCUGCUGUUGCCGAGACCUCUGCUGCCGCGGAGACUACUUCUGCUGCCGUUGAGACGACUACUGCUGCCGCGGAGACGACUACUGCUGCAGCUGAGACCACCGCCGCCGAAACCACCGCCGCUGCUGAGACUUCUGCUGCUGUUGAGACUACCGUUGCUGCCCAGACCACUGCCGCGGCCGUCGAGACCAUCCCUGCCGCUCAAUCCACUUCUGCCCCCGCUGAACAGGCCGUCCAGGCUGUGACUACCUUUGCCACCCAGGCCCGUCAGUCCUCUCAGCCCAGCAGCGUUGUGGCCACCCCCAGCAGCGUUGUGAGUGCCCAAGCCAUCCCUACCGGCAGCGCUCAGGAUACUCUGGACUUUAUCCGGGCCGUGUUCAGAUUCUUGGUCGGCAGCAACUAA